UUAAACAAUAUAACGACCGUUUCCCGUCAUGUAGCCUACCGAGAGAACCACACAGAUUCCUCACAGGAGCUACAGUAAGUAUUAGAUAUACUUUUUUCCUCAGUAUUUUCUCUUCUUAACAUAUCCUGUUUUAUUCAUUUUUUCCCCAAUAUCUUUUUUCUCCAUCGAUAAAUCCCCCAUGCUUUCAGCUUUCAAAAACAGCCGCAUUCGCAGAACUGACAGUGUUGUUUUCCAUUACUGGCCACUCGGCGCCGUCCGCUCACGCAGAAAAGAGCGAGGGAUGGAAGGAGACGCGCAUGGAAACGUCCGGUUAUGAAGUCCGGAGCUCCCAUACUAAUUAUGCGAAAGUUAAUCCGUAGAGAAAAAUGUCCGUUCCCAAACCCCAAUAAAAACCGUCGUGCUAACAAGUAGUCUCUUCUGAUUGGCCUAGAUUUGUGUCUGUUAAGGGGAUAGCGUCAAAGGGAUAGAUUAACGUGGAAACCGUUCUCUCACCCACUGCACAGAUAGCUUUCCAACCCUCUGAGGGAGCACGUGGGAAACCGAAAGGCUAGAGAAAGAAGCAGCAGUGCCAGAGAGGGCGAGAAAGCGGAUGAAGAGGUAAAAGAACACGGGAGAGGGGAGAGAGGAAAAGAAGCGCCUGUGAGAUUUGAAGGGAGACAAAGUAGGAGAAAGAGAAAAAGUGAAGGUGAUCAUGUCUACCACCAUAUCGGCGAAUCCUGUAGUCCCCAAACCCUGCUCCGGAGCACCUUCCUCGGGGGGAGUAUUCCGCUCCGAGACGCUUUACAUCCCCACGAGCACCAGCCCUCAUUCGGAUUCCCUCUCUCCAUCCCCGCGCCUUUCAACCACUGGGCUCCACAGUCCCUUCCAGCCUUCCCCAGGAGUCCCACUUGGAGGCUUGGGACUUACCAACACUCCGGUAUCUGGAGAUCGAGUUAUUUCCACCACCACCACUACACCCAGCGACUGCAGAAUGGUUGAUGUACACGGUGUGAAAGUAGCCUCCUUCAACGUCGCAGGACAGGAAGAGUUAAUUUGCCUUCCGCAAGUUUACGAGCUCUUCCUUAAACACCUCGUCGGCGGACUCCACACCGUUUACACGAAGCUGAAGCGUCUGGAUAUAUAUCCGGUUGUGUGCACGGUGGAGCAGGUGCGGGUCUUGAGGGGACUCGGUGCGAUCCAGCCAGGGGUCAACCGGUGCAAGCUAAUAUCCCGGCGAGACUUCGAAGCGCUCUACAACGACUGCACCAAUGCGAGCUCUCGUCCGGGCCGCCCUCCGAAGCGCUCUGCUGGGGGAGGGAUUCAGGAAAGCCCCAGGCCUCUCCUCCCUGCUGCCCACGGCCUCCUCUCGCCUGGCAUGCUCUCCCACACAGCAGCAGCAAUGGCAGGGCUCCAGAAGCUUCAAAAGAUGAAGGUGAUGAUGAUGCAGGGGGGUGGAGCCAACGGACAAAGGAACAGAAACAAAUCUGAUGAUGACGAUGAUGACAGAUACUCUACUACAGGUGGGAUUGAGUGUUCCUGGGGAAAAGAAAGGCUGGAGUCGCCCCCCUCUGGAGGUGGUGAGUUGAGAACAGGGAUGGGGGGACAACAGGGCCUUAACCAGGUGAACUCACUACAGCAGCACCACCUUCUGGCCAGCCGUCUCCAGGAGCUCCCAUUCAUGAUGAUGCCCCACCACCUACUUCCUGUUGGGUUGCCACCGGUUUCAGUUGCCAUGGCAAUGUCACAGAUGAACCACCUCAACACUAUUGCCAACAUGGCGGCCGCUGCACAGAUACCCACCAACUCAGACACGCACCAGGCCCCUCUGAUAAAGGAACGUGUGUGUGAGAGUGUGUCUCCCUCUCCGUCUGUAGCGGGGACACACACUCCUCCGCGGUCCCGCCACUCCUCCCAGGCCUCCUCUUCAGCAUCCAGCUCCCCAGACCGUCUCCAUGGAGACCUUACACACAGAGACACAUUGAUACACAUGAAGAACAUAGCUAGAGAGAAAGAUGAUUCCUCAUUGGCUCAUCCCAUGAUGAAACCAUCUGAUAGGCUGUCUUUAGGCCAGGCCCUGCCUCCUGGCUUUCCUGCUCCGUUCCUAUUUGCUGACGGCAUAUCAUCUGUCGAGACGUUACUCACCAACAUUCAGGGCCUUUUGAAGGUGGCUGUGGAGAAUGCCCGUGUCCAGGACAAACAGAUCCAGACGGAGAAAAGAGAGUUGAAGAUGGAGCUCUACCGGGAGAGGGAGAUGAGGGAAAGUCUGGAGAGACGACUCACCAACGAGUUACAGAGCAGAGCCUCUAUCCAAAAGCGAUUGAAGAAAGAGAAGAAACUGAAAAGGAAGCUACAGGAGGCGUUGGAGUUUGAGUCCAAACGGAGAGAGAGAGUGGAGGAUGUCCUGAAACUGUCCUCCUCACCCCUCACUCCUCACAAAUCAGUACACACCAGCAGCCAGGACACGGUUCUACAACAAGAGGAACCAGAAUUCAACGGAACCCUGAAAGCCAGUCCCUCUGUUCAAGAACCCUGUCCGUUCCUGAAGGCCGACCUACUGUUCUAAUGACCUCAGCGUGACCUCAUCACAGAACACCAGCAUGUUCCUACGACAACUGUGACAGCGGAAACAAACUUCCCGUAACCCCUUCUUUCUCCGGAGCAAUGACUGAGGGGGGAGAAGGAGGAGGACCCAGAAGAUCUCAGGACCCAGACGAUGGGAUAUGUAUGAAGAGAUCUGUGACUGAUAGCUCUGUUGUCAGUUAUCCCUCUGUGAAUGAGAGCUCUGUUGUCAGUUGUCCCUCUGUGACUGAGAGCUCUGUUGUCAGUUAUUCCUCUGUGACUGAGAGCUUUGUUGUCAGUUAUUCCUCUGUGACUGAAAGCUCUGUUGUCAGUUAUUCCUCUGUGACUGAGAGCUCUGUUGUCAGUUGUCCCUCUGUGACUGAGAGCUCUGUUGUCAGUUGUCCCUCUGUGACUGAGAGCUCUGUUGUCAGUUAUUCCUCUGUGACUGAGAGCUCUGUUGUCAGUUGUCCCUCUGUGACUGAGAGCUCUGUUGUCAGUUGUCCCUCUGUGCUUGGAUGGAUACAAAGGGAGGAAUGCAUGGGAAAGCUGUUAUUAUGUUAUCCUUCUAUCUCUCUCAGUAUGGCUGUUUAUUUCUGUCAUUCUCUUCUGCUCACUCUGUGUCCCUCCACUUCCCAUCUCUCUGUUAUUAAAAUGCUGAACAAGCUGA